UGGAUAUCUCUCAUCGCAUCGACGAGACUUCGCCAUCUCCGUCUUCGUCAAUGGUUCCGCAAUCGGUGUAGCCUUUCAAAUGCACACGGUUUGUUCACCCUGAUUUUGGCAACCGGCUCUCCGAAGCGCGUAAUUUCAUGCACACGCAAGCACCUCUUUACCCCUAUUAUUACGUAUAGAGAGCAAAGAAUAGCAGCGAGCUCGGUUGCGUCAGCGGUUGCACACUCAAUGCGUCAGGCCGCGUUGAAUCCGCCUGGCGGGCCAGAACAUGGGUGGGAAAAGGGAUCAUACAGAUCACCUUUUGACUAUCGAAUCGUCGGCUACCGAGGCGGAGGCAAAUGCACAGCCUCUGAUAGAUUUCUCCCGUAUGCUUCACCCAAUGAUAUGACUCCUUUCACUGGGUCAGGCAGCAUGGCAGUAGCUCAUAAUCAUGUGACUCGGAAGACAACCGUGUUUGACGGGGUGGAUCCUCAUUCUGAAGCAGCUCCGCCUUGUCGUGCAGUCACACCUGGAUGUGAUGUGAGCUUCGACCAAUCUCUUUACUUCUCAAGCUGUGCAAUUAAUUGA